AUGAGUACGUCGAAGAAAGACCCCGGGGAAGGGCCCCCGCGGCCCCCCGACGAUCGGCCCGAUAGUCCCCACAGCCCCGCGAGUAAAAGACUCAGGGAAAGGGUUAGUUUUUUUGAGAAAGUGUGGAGUGGAUCCUCCGAUGAUGAGCUUCACCGAGACCCAGAGGUCGGUGGUUUAUCUAGAUCGAAAUUUACUGCUAUGGAUAUGGAAGAGUUGGAGAGGAGUUUGAGAGAGGAGAGAAGAAAGAAUGUUGGAGAGACUCAUUUGGAGCAUGUGACGUUAAGGAAGACCGGGUCUCCUAGACAUGUGGUGCAGAUGAGGGAGGAAACCUAUACGUCCACAUCUCAAGAAGGAGACCUCGCCACCGGCUCAAAAUCAGUUAAAUUUGAAAAAGUAACUGUCAAAAAAACCAUCAAGCACAUUACUUCGAGCUCAUCCUCAACGUCAGUCCGCCAUAUUUCCUCCAGCACAGGCCAUGUUACAACCAGUAGGACGCCAUCCGAAGAAUACCUCGAUUCAGCUUAUUUGACGCAGUCUACCGGAAACUUGGCAUCUCCUUCUAGUGCUGGUUCUUCGGGACGAUUUCCAUCCGAGGAAAGCCUGAAGAGCCCUACUAAGAGCCAAAAGGGGCGGGACGAGUGGGAUGAGGGUAGCAAUAGUUCGAAAGUGACUAGUAGUAGUUCUGAGUGGUACAGUGAUUAUAGGACUCAGACGUUUCAGCAAAACGAAGCCAGCAAAUUUGCGUUUGUCAGGAGUAAUUCGCAGUUUGAUGAGCAUAUUCAUAGGAUUAGAGGUUAG